AUGGUAAAUACAAACAAAUGGUUGAAUGAUAAAAUUCCUGCAGAUAAAAGAAAGCAAAUAACAAAUCUUAAAAUCUACAGCUCCAAUGGUCAUAAUCUUUUCGGAAAGACUAGCAUCGAAUAUUAUGGUAUUUUGGAAGGAGAGCUAGAUCUUAAUGAAUUUGUUAGUUUACAGUAUCUUCAUAUUACAGGCAGUGAGAAGCAGCAACAAAAGCUAACUAGUUUGAAAGUUGAUAAAUGUACUAAGUUAACUGAAAUUAUGAUUAAUUACACUACUCUCGGUUACUUAUAUUUAGGAAAUAAACCGGAUUUAGUUUCUGCUAAUUUCAAAAGAAAUAUAAAACUCAAUUUUUGUGACAAUGAAUUAAAAGAUCAAGUAGGAAAAUUAACGACUUUGAUUCUAACUAAAGAUGUUGGUGAUUUAAAAUUGGAGACUAAGAAAAUUAAAGAAAAGAGCUUAGAGUACCAGUUAGAUGUUACUAGAAAUUGCUUGGAUAAGGGAAAUCAGUUGUGGUUAGAAAGCUUACAAGAUGCUCAGGAAGAAGUUUUACGUAGUAACAGCGCUUAUGCCCGUAAACAGUUGGAAAGAUGUAAAGAUGGAGCUAACUGA